UUCCCAAUAGGUAGGUGGGGCUGCUCACCUUCCUUGAGUCAGAUUCUCUUGCCUGUCCUUCAAUAGCACAAAACCUGACAAAAUAUAUUUUAGAAAAAAAAUUAGAAAAGUUGUUAGAAAUGAACAAUAAAUCACCCAUUAAAACACACUACCGGGAAGCCACAAAGAAGAAACCAAAAUAUCACCUCUCACAAACAGAAUCACAUCACAUUAUCCUUAAUGCAAAAAUGCUUCUCUUUAUUACCCUCCUUUGCUUUCUUCAACCUCAUGUGAUGUAAACUCAUUCACAUAGCAAAGAUUUCAACCUCAAAAGGUAGAACAGAGUACCUUUCUUUUUUAAUUCUGUUUUCUUUCCAUGUUGUUCUUUUAUUAUGAAGACAAUAAUGGCAGCCAAAUCCCCUCAUGAAUCAUCUUUCUCGUUCUCACGGAGGUACUUCCAUUGGAAGAAGAAGCCACUGGAUGAAGAUGACGACGACGAUGAGGAAGAAAUCCUCAAAGUCAGCUCGUCUUCACAUUUUUGUGAGGUCGAUGACGACGACGAUGAUAACAACGACGAUGGUCAGUUCAAGAUCGACGUGGCACUGGAACUGAAGCAUGCCAAGCAGAACAAAAAGAAGCACCCGAAAUCGAAGCUGAAGUCAGCACUCACAGUAUUCACGAAGAGCCGUUCACUUAACACGUCAUCAUCAGGGCUAGGCACGCGCGUGGUUGGCACGCUCUUCGGACACCGUCGUGGCCACGUCCACUUCGCAUUCCAAGAAGAUCCAAAGCUUCAGCCUGCCUUCUUGAUCGAGCUGGCAACACCAACAAGCAUCUUGGUGAAGGAAAUGGCUUCCGGAUUGGUGAGAAUUGCGUUGGAAUGCGAGAAGAAGAACAACAGCAAGGGGGCGAAGAAGAAGAAGCUUCUAGAAGAACCGUUGUGGAGGACGUAUUGUAAUGGGAGGAAGUGUGGGUAUGCGAACAGACGGGAGUGUGGGCCGGAGGAGUGGAAGAUUCUGAAGGCGGUGGAGCCUAUUUCGAUGGGUGCUGGUGUGUUGCCGGUGACUGAUGGUGACGGGAAUGGAGCUGGGUCCGAAGGUGAGCUCAUGUACAUGAGAGCCAAGUAUGAGAGGGUUGUUGGGUCUAAGGACUCUGAAGCUUUCUAUAUGAUGAACCCUGAUGGGAGUGGUGGUCCUGAACUCAGCAUUUACUUGCUUAGAGUUUAGAAUAUGGCGGUUACUUCUUCCAAGACAUGCUCAUGUGAAAAAUGAUAUUUGGGAACGGUUAAAUAGUUUGAUAUUUAUAAUUGAAAAUCUUUGAUUAAACUAUUUGACUAUUCCCUAUAUUUUUCUUAUGGAAUGUAUUUAUGGAAGUAGCCACAUUAGAAUAUUGUUAUUUAAUUUGCAUAAUAAACUACCACUUCGUACUUGAAAAAUUUGAGGCCUAACAUUUAGUUGGUUUAUAUUUUUAAUAAUUAGAAUGGUGGGUGUUCAAAUCUGUCAAGUAUGGAAUGAGAGUUUAUCUUCUUUAAGUGUUAUCUGUCAAGUACUAAUGAUAGACGAGAGCAUAUCAAUACAGCGUUCCAUAAGUGUUAUCUUCUUUAAGUAACAUUAGUUCAAGAAUUCUGCAUAGGCAUCGUGUUAGUACUUCAAGAUUAGGGGGUUAUGUAUUUUUGGUAUGUUUGCAAUCGAUGUGUAAAGAAGGGUGAUAUGGGGGUGGUAGUUUCCUUUAUUGCUUGUUGUCUUUAUUGACUUUUUGGGAUAUUUUACGUUGGAGGUUUUGAAAGUGGCUUUAGUAGUAAUAUAAAAGGUGGUGGUGAAAUUAAUUGUUAUUUGGAUUCC